UUGUUUACGAUGUCGAUGUGGAAACAAUUGUGUGAUUGAAUUAUUAUUUAGUGAAAGCUGUGCUUUGAAUUAUUGUUUUUUUUUUCGUCAAAAACUUGAGCAUUUUUUCAACGAAUUUUGUGAAUGGUUGAACGAAGUGAAUCCACGCGAAAUCAUUGUUUAUACAAACAUUCAUCAAAAUUCAGCAACGAAUGAAUGAUUUGAUUUUGGUCACGCGAAAUAUUUUGUUGUAAAUUUAUUGAGCAAAAAAUCAACGAAAAAAAAGACUCGGCAAAAUGGUGAUUUAUGGAGUGCUUUUUAGUAGCUAUUUGUUACUGUUUUGUACGGUGUUUGCCACGGCUAUUCCAAAACCAGACGAAACCGCCGCACAACACCACAAUUUAGACCAUUUAGUGCAUACAAAUCAUUUACAAAAUCCAAACCAUGACAACAAAUACGAUCACGAGCAAUUCUUAGGUGAAGAUCAAGCCAAAACAUUCGAUCAAUUGCAACCAGAAGAGAGUCGUCGUCGUCUUGGAGUGAUCGUCGAUCGAAUCGAUGAUAACAAGGAUGGUUUCGUGGAUAUGGCCGAAUUGAAGAAUUGGAUUUCGUUCACGCAACGCCGUUACAUCGAAGACGACGUGAAUCGACAGUGGAAACAGCAUAAUCCAGAUAAUGCUGAAAAGCUACACUGGGAGACAUACCGCAAAACCGUGUACGGUUUUAUGGAUGACAUGGACCCACAAGAUUUGGAAAAAGAUGACGGUGGAUUAUCGUACAAGGCAAUGUUGUCACGCGAUCGACGCCGCUGGAGUGUUGCCGAUCGUGAUGGUGAUGACAAUUUGACACGCGCCGAAUUUGUCGAAUUUUUACAUCCCGAAGAAAGUGAACACAUGCGCGAUAUUGUUGUUGCCGAAACACUCGAAGAUAUCGACAAAGACAAAGACGGCAAGGUAUCUGUAAAUGAAUACAUUGGUGAUAUGUUUGUUGGCGUCGAAGAAGGCGAAGAAGAACCGGAAUGGGUGAAAAAUGAGCGUGAAACAUUUGCCAGUUUCCGUGAUAAGGACCAUGAUGGAUACAUGAAUAACGAUGAAGUGCGCGACUGGAUCAUUCCAUCCGAUUUUGAUCAUUCAGAAGCCGAAGCUCGACACCUUAUCUACGAAGCCGAUACAGAUGCCGACAGUAAAUUGACCAAAGAUGAAAUUUUAGAUAAAUACGAUCUGUUUGUUGGGUCACAAGCAACCGAUUUUGGAGAAGCAUUAACACGACAUGAUGAAUUCUAAGAAAAAUUAAUUCUUUUUUUUUUAUUUCCCGAAUAAUAAAAAAUCAAAUAUGAUAGAUAUUAAGUUGGAUUUAUAUAAAUUUUACGAUGCGUAAGAUUGUGUGAACAGUGGUUGAGAAAUUGUUGUAUAUUUUUCUAUACUUUGUCUCAGAAUCGAACCCAUGAACCCAAUAUUGAUAUUAGCUCCAUUGAAAACUUAGGUGAGAUGAAUCUCCAAAAACAAUUUCUUUCACAUUUGAAAAUUAAUUGUGUCUUCUUUUUUUUGAACGCACAUAACGAUCAAGAAUCAAAACCAACGAUCAAAUAUAAACAAUCAAGAACCACGCACAAUUCUUUUCUUUUACACCAAUUUCGAGAAACUCAACAUUUUUCCCAUUUGUUUUCUAUAUGUAACUCACGUGUAAUUAGUUUUUCUUUUCUGCGUUUGAAUGUUUCGUGAAAUCUAGGUAAAACUCGCAACGACACCACUUUUGAUGAAAAACUAUCGAUAUAUUCAGUGCCAAAGUUAUUUUUCGUUAUGAAAAUGUAAUGUCUAUGUUUUAAUAAAAAAAAAAAACAAAAACCACUCAUCAAAAGGAAUGCAAAUAAUUGAUGCAAUUUUGUAAAGUUAAAUCUAAAUAAAGACUUCAAUAAAAAAAAAA